AUGAAGGAAUAUCUAUCUAUCUAUCUAUCUAUCUAUCUAUCUAUCUAUCUAUCUAUACAGAUAUAUAUAUAUAUAUGUCUAUCUAUCUAUUUGUUCAUAUCUAUCUAUCUGUUCAUAUCUGUCUAUCUAUCCAUCUGUUCAUAUCUAUCUAUCUAUCUAUCUAUCUAUCUAUCUAUCUAUCUAUCUAUCUGUUCAUACCUAUCUGUUCAUAUCUAUCUAUCUAUCAGUUCAUACCUAUCUAUCUAUAUAUCUGUUCAUAUCUAUCUAUCUAUACAGAUAUAUAUAUAUGUCUAUCUAUCUAUUUGUUCAUAUCUAUCUAUCUGUUUAUAUCUGUCUAUCUAUCCAUCUGUUCAUAUCUAUCUAUCUAUCUGUUCAUACCUAUCUAUCUAUCUGUUCAUAUCUAUCUAUCUAUCAGUUCAUACCUAUCUAUCUGUUCAUAUCUAUGUAUCUAUCUGUCCAUAUCUAUCUAUAUAUAUAUAUCUGUUCAUAUCUGUCUAUUUGCCUAUAGAUAGAUCGAUAGAUACAGAUAUAUAUAUAUGUCUAUCUAUCUAUUUGUUCAUAUCUAUCUAUCUGUUCAUAUCUGUCUAUCUAUCCAUCUGUUCAUAUCUAUCUAUCUAUCUGUUCAUACCUAUCUAUCUAUCUGUUCAUAUCUAUCUAUCUAUCAGUUCAUACCUAUCUAUCUAUCUAUCUAUCUGUUCAUAUCUAUCUAUCUAUCUGUCCAUAUCUAUCUAUAUAUAUAUCUGUUCAUAUCUGUCUAUUUGCCUAUAG